UAUUGACAACCUGCAUUUCAAAGUGCCAACAAAUCAGUUAAAACAUUUCAUUAACAAACCAAACACUUGACAAUGGUUGGAAGACUCGCUGGAAAGAACGCCCUUGUCACCGGUGCCGCCGGCGGCAUCGGCCUCGAAACCACCAUCCUCAUGCUCCGCGAAGGCGCCUCCGUCCUCAUGACCGAUAUCAGUGCCCCCGGCCUCGAGAAAGCCCUGGCAAAAGUGAACCAGGUAGUCCCCACACACGAUGGAAAGGUCGAAUACCGCGUGGUCGACGUGUCCAAGGAAACAGAGGUGGAAGCGGCAGUUGCGCACCUGGACGCAUGGGGUGGCCUGGAUGUGAUCUUCAACAACGCUGGCAUCAUGCACGCGAAGGACGGUGAUUCGGAGGAAACUCCCGAGAGCAUCUGGAACUUGACCAUGGACAUCAAUGUGAAGGGUGUGUGGUAUGGAUCCAAGCAUGCCGUGAAGAGCUUGCGGAGACACGGCAAGAAGAAGGGAAGUGUGAUCAACACGGCCAGUAUGGUUGCUCUGGUGGGUGCCGCGACUCCGCAGUUGGCCUACACUGCCAGCAAGGGUGCGGUGUUGGCCAUGACUCGCGAACUGGCAAUUGUGCAUGCGCGCGAAGGUGAGUUACAUGUUGUGUCUGUCGCGACCAUAGCUAAAACGAGCAGGUUUCCGCUUCAACUCUCUGUGCCCUGCACCUCUCAAGUAAGUUCGACUGCCUCAAUUGAUUGCUGCCCAUCUAACCGUGACAGCACCCCCCUGUUGCAGGAUUGGCUUGGAGAUGACAAGGAGAAGCGAUUCCGCCGUGAGGUUCACUUCCCCACCGGUCGCUUCGGCGAAGCCAUCGAACAAGCCCACGCCGUCGUCUUCCUGGCCAGCGAUGAGAGCAGUUUCGUCAACGCCACCGACUUCGUGGUUGACGGUGGCUUGACCAAAGCAUACGUGACCCCGGAGGGUCCUGCCACUGAGGCCCCCAAGAACCUGGGCCAAUAGGUUUCCUUGCAAUACUUGCCAUGAGAUGCAAGGGCGAGGCACGAAUGAUGACCGUAUUGUAUGAAUAGAACAACCCUGAUUUAUCUUAUGCAAAUGAAAUC